UAUUCAAGGUACACCUUCCUGUGACGCCUUCGAGCCACCGGACCAAGCCGGGGCUCUAUUUCAUCUCCGUAAAAAAAUACACCAGGAAAUCUCUAUGUAAACAUGGUUUACGUCCGCGCAGCAGUAUGCCACGCUUCGGCAAACUCCGCUGCUGUUCCUUCAAUAGGAGAGUAGUAGCCUAGCCUAUGAAGAGCAGAAGAAACGUGAGGGAGACAUAACACCGAGAGAGAAACAGACGGAGCGGCACAAAGGAGAGGGGAGAGUGUUGUGCGAGAGGGCGAUAUAGAGGGAGAUGAGAGGAGAUGCAGGCAGUGGCCUAGAUGUGCGAAUCGCCAAGAGUUGCUCUUUCUGGUUCACUGGAUGGAGGCUGCUCCCGCGCAGAGAGGACUAGAGAAAAUAUGGGGAUGUUUUACGCGGUUUGUUGAAGUCUACACAGUGAACCGUUACCUUUUUUCAGUACGUUUGUUAGUUCAAUCAAUAGUGUUCUGUAUUUUUAUGUAGUCUACAUUGUGUGUGUUUUGGGGAGAAAUGGGUCAAUAAUUUGGAAGCCCCAUGCAGUAGCGCACAGUCCCACACACUGCCGGGCGUUAUGGCUCUCUCUAUCAAACAUGGUAUGAAAAUGCACUGAGCCGUUUACAUUUACACACUGCAGAUAUAUAGUUCACGCCGCUUCCUUCGCUCCCUCUAUGUGAUGGCGAUGGAAGUGGAAGCUGACAGUGGCAGAGGUAUAUCAAGGAGGGCUCAUGAGAAAUGCCCGCGGGCGGUGGAGCGCAACGGCUAUGUGAAAACAUGUGUCACUCCUCUGUAUCAGGACGCAGGCUGCCAGUCGUGGCUGAGACUCGCAGAAAUAUGGAGUUCCCGGAGACUGACCUCCGCAGUGUGUGUGGGCUCUGUAUCGGUUAUUCUCGCUUUGCUGGUUAGAUUGGUUGACUGGGACGUGGAGCAGCAGAGUUGCGGCCGUAACAGAGAGCAUAACGGCGAGUCUGGAUCUCUAGUUCAUUUCGUGGCGAGCUGUGUGGUGGAACUGUUGUCGAACGUUUGGUACCUGGUGUCCCCCGUCUUCACUCUCGUAUGUGCCUUCUUUUGGGUUGGCUUGUACCUGAUCCGUUGCGGGGUGCUGAUCCGGACCGCCGUGUUUCUGUUGGCAGUGUGUCACUUGGGCGAAGCCGCGGCGCAGUCUCUCCUGCACGGUGCGGAGGACCAGUUGCUGUCGUUUACCGCCACCGUGGUGGUUCUGUCCUGUCUAGCCGGCGGGGCGCUGAUGGUGGUCAGGCUCGGACAGGGGGUUUCCGUCAUCGUCUUCAUCAGCAUCAUCAGGACUGUGUCUCUCAUCUCCCUCAACAAGGUCCGGGCCAGCUGGAGACCCUACCUCGCGUACCUGGUAGGAGUGUUGGGGGUCCUGCUAGCGAAGUAUGCUGACCGGCUCCUGACGGGCUCAGGGCCACUCGGGGCGGGUUGUAGCUACGUGACAGCGGGGAAGGAAGAUAAUAUCAUUCCCGUGUUUAAAAGACGACGGAGGUCCAGUUCGGUGGUCUCUUCAGACAUGGCGCACAGUCACAGUAACAGCAAGUCCCACCGAAGGACCUCGCUCCCAUGCAUUCCACGGGAACAGAUGAUCUCACAGACUGAAUGGGACCACAAGAGGGGUGCCCGGGGAUCCCAGUCGUCGGGCACCAGUGUGUUGGUGGACAUAGCGGUGAUGGGGGAAGCCCAUGGAUUGAUCUCAGACCUGCUGGCGGACCCCUCUCUGCCCCCCAACACCUGCAGUUCCCUGCGGGCUGUCAGUAACCUGCUCAGUACCCAGAUCAGUUUGCAGCCGCUGCACCGGCCUCGAAUCAGCCCUCUGCAGGCACUCAGCGACACACACACCUGCUCCGACUCCGAGGACUGGCCAGAGAGAGAGAAACUGGCCAUCCCAAAGCGUCUGAGACGGAGCCUGCCUCCAGGCCUGCUGAGAAGGAUCUCCUCUACAUGGACCACCACCACCUCAGCUACAGGUCUUCCCACCAUAGAACCAGGACCCGUACGCAGAGACCGCUCUGCCAGCAUCAAACCCCUCCACGACAGUCCACCAUGCAGCAUGGUGAACAGCGAGUCGUGGAACAGCUCUGUAAUGCUCACCAUCUCGAAGAGUCGCUCCAUGUCUGCCUCCUACUCUGCUUCAGCCACCUCCAACCACCUCUACAACAGACGAAUGACCAGACCAGGUUACCCCUCUUCCAACAUAUCACCUCUGGCCUCUCCCUGCCACACCCCUUUAGUCCAGGGGACCCCUGUCUCCAGCCCCACCACCAAGUCCUGCUCUGUGGACCUACCGGACCCUGUGGACAGCCAGGGAGAGAGGCCUGUGGGCCCCCAGACCCCACACAGAGCCUUAACACACAGCAUCAGUGCACCUAGCUCCACCACACCGCACUGGGGGCCACCAUCUCUCUGCAGCAGCUGUGGUAGACCGUACAGCAGGCUGAGCCACGGGGAGGGGUCUAUGGACAAAGGGGAAAUAAUACCCCACCCUGAUGACCCGGCAGUGGCAUCGUCAGACUAUGAGAGCACCUACGAGACCAACCACAGUGACAGCAGUGACUUCGCACAGAACGAGCACGACGGGGAGGGGGCCAAGAAGCCCUCAGACACCCAGGACGGGUGUAGGUCGUACCAGCCUGAGGGCAUCGUCCUGCACCCCCUACUGCCACCUCCAGAGGACACACAGCCCAUCCUGGCCCCAGAGCCUCUGGUAAUGCCAGAGCUGGAUCCUCUGAUGACUCAACUCAACAACUGGAACUUCCCCAUCUUCAACCUGGUGGAGAAAACACACGGCCGCUCAGGAUGCAUCCUCAGCCAGGUUUCCUACCGCCUGUUUGAGGACACGGGACUGUUUGAGACGUUCAAGAUUCCUGUCAGGGAGUUCGUGAACUAUUUCCAUGCUCUGGAGAACGGAUACAGGGACAUCCCAUACCACAACAGGAUCCAUGCCACUGACGUGCUCCAUGCCGUGUGGUACCUCACCACCCAGGCCGUGCCAGGCCUGCCCAACCUCCUCACAGACCACAGCUCAGACUCUGACUCUGACAGUGGGCUCCUCAACCCCAGCCAUAUAGGCCAUACAGGGUUCCUGGUUUCUAAGAUGUCUGCGGUGAUGGAGGAGGGUUAUGGAUGUCUGUCUGGCCUCAUACCAUCCCUGGAGCUCAUGGCCCUGUAUGUGGCUGCAGCCAUGCACGACUACGACCACCCUGGACGGACCAACGCCUUCCUCGUGGCGACUAGCGCUCCUCAGGCCGUGCUAUAUAACGACCGCUCGGUGUUAGAGAACCACCACGCUGCGUCGGCCUGGAACCUGUUCAUGUCCCAGCCAGAGUACAACUUCCUGGGCAACCUGGAGCAUGUGGAGUUCAAACGCUUCCGCUUCCUGGUCAUCGAGGCCAUCCUCGCCACCGACCUGAAGAAACACUUUGACUUCCUGGCAGAGUUCAACGCCAAGGUGGGUGACGAUGGCUGCUCGGGCAUUGACUGGUCCAAUGAGAACGACCGGUUGCUGGUGUGUCAGAUGUGCAUCAAACUGGCGGACAUCAACGGCCCACUGAAACACAAGGAGCUGCAUCUACAGUGGACCGAGGGCAUCGUCAAUGAGUUCUAUGAACAAGGCGAUGAGGAGUCGAGUCUGGGCCUUCCCAUCAGCCCCUUCAUGGACCGCUCUGCGCCACAGCUCGCCAAGCUCCAGGAGUCCUUCAUCACGCACAUCGUGGGUCCGCUCUGUUCCUCCUACGACUCCGCCGCCCUCAUGCCGGGGAACUGGGUCGACCCCGCCGACGCACAGAGGAAGGAGGGAGAGGAGGAAGAGGAGGUGGGGGAACGAGAGACAGAGGAGGAAGAGGAGGAUACAACAGAGGAGGAUGUGUCGACUAGCUCUGAGAGUUCCCAGAAGCACGUGGUGAAGCUUAAGGAGAGCAGGAGGAGAGUGUUCUGUCCCAUCACUCAGCACCUCCUGGACAACCACGAAAUGUGGAAGAGAGUCAUCGCCUCGGAAGCCCAGGACACGCCGGACAGAGAGGCGCCUAACUGCCUCAGCAACCCCGCAGAGCCAAUCACAGCCAUCCACGAGGAGGAGGAGCCAGCCAGCAAGGAGGAGCCAAUAGAUGGCCAUGGAGAGGAGACGGAAGGGGAAGAGACGGGGCUUGCGGAGGAAGUGGCCGAGCAAUCAGAGACUGCGGAGAAAAGGGAGGAGGAGCUGGAGUGAGAGGAUUAUCUUUGACCCAUGAAGAUCAGGAAACGGAACAUUUAUCCAAACUCAUACCCUCUCCCAACUAGACUUUCUGACUCAUGUCAGAAAUUAUACCCUAUUCCCCAUGUAGUGCAGUAGCUGGCCAAAAAAUAGUGCACUAUACAGGGAUUGGGGUGCUGUUUGAGACGCAGCCCCUGAUAUUUGGUUGCCAGCAAAUCACUUAGACACAACACUGUAGAAGUUUGGAGUAACAUGUGCCUAACGAAAACAGGGUGGA